AUGGCUGGAGCGGUGCGCCAACCAAUUGAUAUCCCGUCGCUGGAGCGGUAUCUCAAUCAGAAUGUACCUGAGAUCCAGACACCUUUAGAUGUGAAACAGUUCUCGUUCGGACAGUCUAAUCCAACUUAUCUGCUGACCGGCACCGAUGGAAGGCAGUACGUCCUGCGCAAAAAGCCCCCGGGCAAGCUCCUGUCCAAGACCGCGCAUAAGGUCGAACGCGAAUAUAAGGUCAUCCACGCACUCGAGCAGACAGACGUCCCCGUACCAAAGGCCUACUGUCUCUGCGUAGAUAGCAAUGUGAUUGGGACCCCGUUUUAUAUCAUGGAGUUCUUGGACGGUCGGCUAUUCACCGAUCCUGCCAUGCCGGGAGUUAGUGCUGAGGAAAGAAACGCAUUGUGGAAGGCAGCGGUGCAGACCCUGGCUAAAUUCCAUCGAGUCGACCCCAAGUCAGUUGGUCUGGAAACAUUCGGAAAGCCGUCGGGGUACUAUGAUCGGCAGAUCUCCACCUUCUCGACGGUGUCCAAAGCGCAGUCUCAGGCGGUCGACGUUGAGACCAAGGAGCCAGUGGGGGAACUUCCGCAUUUUAUGGAGACGGUGCGCUUCUUCUCGAAUAAGUCUACUCAGCCGAAGGAUCGCGGCACGCUAGUCCAUGGCGAUUACAAGAUCGACAAUAUGAUUUUCCAUAAGACUGAGCCCCGCGUCAUUGGUAUCCUGGACUGGGAGAUGGCUACGGUGGGGCAUCCCCUAUCGGACUUCUGUAACCUCACGAGUCCGUACUAUCUGGAUGGCACCGACCACUCGACCGACCAGUUCCAACCCGGCCGGAUACCUGGAUUACCCGCACGUGAAGACUGCGUGCGGUGGUAUCGCGAAGUGGGCGGAUGGGACCCGACCCCGGACCUCCCCUGGGGAGACGCCUUCUUUGCCUGGAGGCUCUCGAUUAUCCUUCAAGGAGUCAAAGCUCGCUAUGCACUGAGACAGGCCAGCAGUGCCCAAGCGCACGAACAUGCCAAAAAGACAACGCCGUUCGCGCUGGCCGCCUGGGAACGGGUCAAGGCCGUCCAGAACACAAUGCUUCAAAAAGGCAAACUGUAGCUUUGCUGCUACCCGUCCAAUCUCUUCCGACGGCUAGAAUGAACCUAAUGUGGACCCUGCUCGUAGACCUGUGGCGUGUAGGCCAACGACGUAUAUGCGAUAAGCAAAGGGGAGG